AUGUACAAAUAUGCAAUGUUCAAGUUCACAGUCUAUGAGGUGUUGGGAGGGGUGAUGGAGGCCACAGCUCUUGGGAAGAAGCUGUUUCUCAGUCUGUUCGUGUGUGCACGAAUUGCUCUGUACCGCUUCCCAGAUGAGCUGAACAUGUCAAGGUCGUCGGGUACGGGUAGCAGUCAGAGUUUGAGUAGCACUUCUACUGGAGGAGAGGCUCCUCAUGGAGAAGAUGGUCCAGUUAACAAGGUCGUCAGCUGGGCUGUGGGCUUCGAACACCUGCUUGCGGAUCCAGUUGGAGUAAACUACUUCACGGCUUUUCUCCAAUCAGAGGUGAGUGCAGAAAACAUCCUCUUCUGGCAAGCAUGUGAGAAGUUUCAAAAGAUCCCACCUACUAAUCUGGAUGAGCUAAAGAAAGAGGCGCAUGCCAUCUAUGAGCUCUAUCUGUCUGAUAAUUCCUUCCACGCUAUAAAUAUAGAUGACACUGCUCGCACUAAUGAGAGUGACCUGGACAAACCUACACCUGAUAUGUUCAGCAAAGCCCAGCAACAGAUCUUUAAGCUCAUGAAGUUUGAUAGCUAUGCAAGGUUUGUGCGUUCUCCACUUUAUCGUAGCUGCACGCUUGCCAGUGUUGAGGGACACCCGCUCCCCAUGCUUGACUCCCAAAAGUGCCUCACUCCUACCAAUGACCGAAAGAGCACAGACAUCAAGGGUCUAGCAUCAGACAGUAAAACCAAUAGGAAGAAGAAGCUAGAGAAGAGAGGAUCAUGGGGAGCAGAUGGGACGUAUCGGAAGUCCACAGGAGCUAGACCUGAGUCUCUAAUGUCUGUAAAAUCCAAUAGCAGUUUGGAGCUGGGAUCAACAUUUGGCAGAUCAGAGAAUAGCAGUUCCAGUCCAACAGGGUCAGAGCCAGACUCAUCUGUUCGAGCGGAUAAGUACUGCUGUGUAUACCUGCCCGAUGGAACUGCUAGCCUGGCACCGGCUCGGCCCGGCCUCCCUCUGCAUGACAUGCUCAGUGGUCUGUGUGAAAAAAGAGGCUUCCCAAUGAAAGACAUCAUCAUCUACUUUCAUGGCAAGGACAAGAAUGUGUGUCCCCGGCAGCAGCCUCUCUCCUUGGACCAGGACAGUUCUAUCCUUCAGGACCAGCAGGUCUCCCUUGAACUUAGAGUAACGUUUAUGUUGGAGAUUGUGUUUACUGAGAAGACGGUAGCAAUUGUUGCAAAAUCCAGCAAGACUCUGGGUGACGCGCUGUCUUCAGUGCUACAGAAACAGCAGCUCCGACCACAGGAUGUUCAUGUCACAAUGAGUGAAUCAAAAGAGCCUAUAAACAUGAACACCAGCGUGUUUGCUCUAGCCAACAAGACUGUCUGUCUGGACAAAGUCAAAUGUCCAAGUGGUGGCGAGUUGAAGAACACUCCAGCAGGAGAUCGAGGCAGAAUGAGCAACAAAACAAAAAGAACAAAUGAAAUGGAUGGUCUGGUGGAGAUGCUGACCCGUGUCCAGUGCAGCAGGGCUGAUGACCAGCGUGGCUUACUGACCAAAGAACAAUUACAGCUGCCCCAGUUUCUCCAGCUUCCCACACAGAGUGAAAGUGGUGAAGCUAAAGCUAAUAAUGUACAGGACAGCUGCUCUAAUCUUCGUCUACCCGCUGGUGCUGCUGGAGUAAACGAGGGGGGAAAUUGUCUUGGCCUUAACGGAGAUCAUAAAGACUCGAAUAAAGAGAGGAAUCCAAAGAGAACAUGAGGCACUGUGUUCGCUCUGCUAGAAGAACUCCAGUGUGCGUGUGUGUGUGUGUGUGUGUGUGCGUGUGUGUGUGCGUGCGUGUGUGUUUAUGCCCCAUACAGCAGUUUUGUAAGUUGAUUUUGUGGGUGAUACGUUUAGAAUGGUAUAUUCAGCAUAUUACCACACUUAUCGAAAAAGAUGUGUGAAGUGUAAUGGUAAAAAAUAGAUGCAAAGAAAAUGAGCAGAGAUGUUUGCUGUUGAGUUGUAUACUUAUUUAUUCUGUAUUGAAUUUGUUUUAUAUUUGAUUGAGUGCUUGUACUAUAUUUAUUUAGAUCAUUUGCUGCACAUGCUUGAUGUGAUUGUAUUUACUUAUGAAUUUUUGCUCACUAGGGUGAAUCUGAUGUACUUAAAAGCAUUACUGUGAAUAAUGUCUUACUUCUAAUGUGUAAUUCUGUUCUCUGCACUUUUGCCUUUGCUGUUCAGGCCUAAUACAAUUAAAUACUGGAAGAUACACUGGACAUUCUGCUUCCUUCAUGGUGUUUAGCUGGAAUGUUUAAACAAGUUUUAUCCAUGUGGUUGCAUGCAUUAAAACCAACAGGUCAUGGUUUACAUUUAUGACAUUUAAUAAACACUGCUUUUGAGGGUUAAAGGCCUUGCUUAGUGGCCCAACAGUAGCAACUUGGUGGUGGUGGGGCUUUAACCAGCAACAUUCUAAUCCAUAGUCCAGUACCUAAACUGCUUAGCUGAACAAGUGUAGACUGUACCUAUCUUCCUGUUCAAUAUGUGUAUUUUUGGUCUUUAAAUAAUGAAUCACUUGUAUUUGGGUUGCUUCUGCUUGUAUGGAAUAAAAACAUCA